AUGGAUUCCGGAUCUGAAAAACAAACAUCGGAUUUUGGAGAAGAUGGCAAUGAUAUAAUUGCAGAAGAAGGUGGGGAGGACAUGACUGGUACUUCAGAGUUCACAGUUGAGUGCGACAAGGAGACUGAGGGAGUGAUAGGUGAAAAUGAGGAGAUGCUGCCAGUGGUGGCGGACAUGGCAAGUAUCACCAAUGACAAUGUGGGCUCAGAGAACGACAGCCGCACUGUUCCUGGGCUGCCAUUGGCAACAAUUUCAAGUGUCUGCAAUGUUGGCGAUGCUGUAAUAGCCGCAAACAAUAACUUACUGGUGGAAGAGAGGCCUUUGGAUGAAACCGGGUGUUAA